UGCAGCUGAAAACACUGUUUCGUUCGCAUCUAUUGUGUAACGGGAUCGACAACGCACACGUUUUUUGUUUUUAUUAGAGAAAAAAAAAAUAUAUAUACACAUAAGUACGUACACUGAUGUUGCAAUCAUUAAAAUAAUAAAACGACGAAAAGUGUUGGUUUUGAUUCUGAUUUUGGAAAGUGUUCCAGAAUAUUUUUACGGAAGAAAAUUUGUGGAUUUUUUUCUAGGUUAUAUUUGGUGGUUAUUUUGUGUGUGGAAAAAAAACGUUAGUAAAUUGAAUUGGUUUUGUUUUGGACGAAUUUUUGAAUAUUCCGAAAAUGAUACGCAUUUUUGGCAUAUCAAAAAUUUAGAUCAAAAUUUUGUGGUGUUGUUGUGUCUGGUGAUGGUGAUGUAAAGCGUUGGCAUUUUACUGCUCUUCAUCAUGGGGAAAUUUGUUGUGUGUGUGUGUUUUUUUUCUCCUUCUGUGCAACGCAAUCGCUUGCGAAGGAACGGUUCAUGCAUGCCAAAAGAGUACAGUUAGAUUUGCUAAUCAAAUUUUGGAUAUAAUAUCCGGCGAUAUUUAUAGAAUCAUAGAAUUAUAUCGAUAUGUACAGCUGCGUCUGGAAAAAAACUAAUAGACAGACAAAGACGGCUUUUCAGUGGCAUAUUGCUCGCAUAUACCAUAAAAAAAACAAACGGCACACAAGAUGUGUUCUUUCAUUACACUUUAUUGUUAUUUAAUUCUUUCAUUUGUUUUGUUCAGUUCAGCUCCUCUUCUUCUUCUUUCUAACGCCCAUUCGGAAUUUAAAGCAUUUAUUAAAUGAAAAGAAAAACAAUGACAUAGAAAAGCCUCAAUCCAAAAUCCAAAUGGAAUCGCAUUCAAUGAAUUUCGCCGCACGAAUAGAAGGCGAUUCAUGCAUGAAAAUGUGUGUAUAUUGUGCUAAAGUAACGAGCUGAACACGAUUCUUUUUGCUCGAUCUCUCUCAAAAUAUAUUAUAUAUAUAGGUUUGUCUUGGUUUGUUUUUGCCAUGACGUAAUCUACAUGCGAUUUUUAGCGAUGUGUAAAUUAUUUAAAUUAUUUAUUAAUGAUGGGAACAUAAAGACAACGACGAUGUUAAUGCUUGCAAUUGUGGCAUUAGAGAAAUUCUAUUUAGUGCUUAAUAAUAACACAUAAUGGAUUCGAUGACCUAACCAAACGACAGACAGCAACAAUAUCAGCCCAAGUUACGUUAAACUCGGAUACAGUUCAAAGUGAGAACAAAGAGAGGGUUGUCAAAACGUGCAACUCUAUGGCACAUGGACACGCUACCAUCAUGCUGCAUCUUUUCCAAAACUUGUAAUCGGUGCCAUACACUGUAAUAUGUACAGCACCUCGAAGAGCGAGAAAAAAAAGAAGAGAACGCAUUCGCUUGGGAAAAAUGUGUGCGAAGGCCUUUUCGCCACUAAAUCCUGAUUCUUGUUUAGCAGCUUGCUACCCUAAUAAAAACCAUCGAAACACACGCUUUUGCUGUGUAUACUUUUAUCGCUUCGGCUGGUGUUCGUUGGAAAUCGCGCGCGCUUUGCCAAACUCUCCUGUUUUCAUCCACACACUGUGCAGUACUCUGUACGUACAAGCAGUACGGCCGUGUGUCAUUCAUUCCUCUCGCUCCAUCGAAACGCGCACUCCACAGAGUCGAUUCUUCGUGCCGUUCCAUGUGUUUUUCCCUCAUGCAUGAGUGUGUGUUUGGAAUUGGCUACCGCGCGCAACAUAGUGACACCGCCUUAUUCAUACAAUACAGUGAGAAAUUAUAUCGUCAUCGCCAACAUCAACGUUGCUACUGUUGGUGCUGCUGCUGCUGUGUUGCUGCUGAUGUUAUUCUGUUCUUCUACGAAAAAACAGAGAAAAAAAUCAGUCUUUUGUCGUAUCAAUUUUUUUUAUGAAAUAUUCCAAUGUGAUUUCAAGUGUGACGACUAAGAGAGGCAGACACAUUGCGAGAGCGAAAAACAGAAUUGAAGUCAUUUGCAAUUUGGAUGGAGCAAAUAAAUUGAAUGUGUCAUUGGAACGUAUCAAUUUCGAAUCAAUCAUAUUGAAUUUGUUUUGUGAACUGCCAUUAUACCAUAUAAAAAACCAAAAACCAUCACUGCCGCUGAAGAUGUAGGAAAUCAUAUGCCUGAAUUUUGUAUGCAUUUACACGAAUCAACCGCAGUGAACUACUUUAUUACAUCUGCAACACACGAAAUCGAAUCAUCUUGACGCGAUAAGUCAACUAUAAUGCAAACCGAUUACGAACUACCGAAACGACAUAAUUCGAUAGUAAAUCACGUAAUCGACAAAACUUCAUUUGCCAACGAAUAAAAAUUUUCGUUGAAAUACACGACAAAAAGCAAACAAGCGUUCAGCGCACGCAAAGCGUUUUCGAUAGAGAGAGAGAGAGAGAGAGAGAGAGAGAGACAGAGAGAAAACAAAAACCGCUGACAAUCGGGGCAAAUUUUUGUUGUUGUUAUUUUCUUUGCGAGUUCAAAUAAAUCAAUUCGAAUGCAUUUCCAGCAACAUGAAGAAAAUCGUGCCAAAUAUGUGACGUCCGAUCCAAAAAUAGGUCAAACUAUUGUUUGGCCCUUUAUGAUACAGAAUGCAAUGGACAAUCCGUCAUGCACAUCGACUCCGCCCGAAACCAUCUUAUCACUGCUCUGGACAACGGUGGCCGUUUUCGGUAUUGUUUACGCAAUACUCGGCUAUCGCUGUUUACGGGCGACUGGAUUCUUGAGCGGUCUCGCCGCGGGCACCGGAUGCAUCCUAUGGCUGCAGAGUCAACAGAUUGAAUUGAUUGGCAAUCAAGCGGAUUCAGCGUUAGCCAUGAUUGCUGGCCUCUUUGGAGCUAUACUAGGGUCAACACAUCCAAUUGCCGCUGUACUAGUUUGUGCAUUCGCCGGUGCGAUCACAAGCGGAUCGAUUAUCGUAUUUUGCAUCGCAACGCUACCGAAUCAUGUGUUUGGCUUACGGGAGGUUGAGGUAGCCGUUGGCGGAGGAGCAAUAAUUUUCGCAACAACAACUCUACUGUGCGAUAAAUUUGUUACGAUUGUUGCGUCGAGCAUUGUUGGUUCGACGAUGAUCAUGUCUGCCAUUGACUUUUUCAUGCAUGGUUCGGACACGAUUCAAUGGAUUUUGAGCAUGAAAGCAAAUCCGGAUCCUCCUCCGUGCUGGGGUGGCUUAUUAAUAUGUAUCUACCCUGGUGUGAUUAUAUUCAGCAUAUUGGUUCAAUGCUUCAUAACGGCGUGGCGCAUUGAUCACAAACAUCGGCCCAGAUCGCGGAGACGACCCGUGCAUCACCGUGCCUCAAGUCGACCGAGAGAGACACGCGAAGAGGCCCGACAACGCAAAUAUCGGUACUUGUAUCAAGUACGAACAGCCAGGGGCGAUAUUAUAUCACAGAAUUAUGUAUCGGCAUUGCAAAAACGCGUACAGCCCGGAUAUCAGCCGCCAUCUGGACACUCAACCAAAACUAAUUCACACGAACGAAACACACUCAACAGCGAUCGCACACAUUUUACCAACAUACCAGCCGAUUCCGACAUUGAUAAUAAAAUGGAUUUUGGUGACCGUGGGUGAUUUUGGUGAUACAAUUACUAUUAGGCGUUAUGUUUAUUCACCGUUUCUUUUUAAAUUAUGUAAACACUAAACACACACACACACACACACCCACAUCUCUAUUUUUAUUCGAUUGAUUGAAAAACAGCAGCAACCACAACAUUUAUCAUUAUUAUCCUUAUUAUUUUUGUCAUUUUGAAUUCAUGCAUUCCAUUUUUUCGUUUAUAUAUUAGGUCGAUUUUUUGUGUUUCGUUUAGUUUCGAUAUGAGCACGGUGAUCAAUGUCAUUUCAGUCAAUCAGUUAGAACGAUCGUUAAUUGAAUUUUCGUGGGAUAAAGCGCGCGGUUUUGGUCAAAUCAACUGAGCGAUUAUUAGAGAAUCGUGUCAAAUUUGACAUUCGAAAUUCUAAAACAGAUGAAAAUGAACAGGAAUGAAACCAAUUUCCUAGCGAAUGUGAAUAAUUUGUUAAAUCCGAAUCAAAUUCCGACGAAAACGUCUUUUUGGCUAAAAAUAAUUUUUUUUAUUACAAAAUUCUGUAUUCAAAAUUUUAAUGUAAACAUUUUAAGCAUUUUUACCCAAAAAAAACAAUUCGAUGUCAUUUUAUACCUUAUUUUUGGAUAUAAUUGGAUAAAUUUAGAAAAAAUAGCAUUGUAACAUGGGAAUAGGGUUUAAACGAAGAGAAGAAAACACCGCAGUUGCCGUGAAUUUCGUAAUUGAUCAAA